GGUUACACUACCAAUGGUACAAGAGGGACACUGCUACACAGGAACACAUGGCUGCCAAGCUGUAAACCAAUGCCAUCCUCCUGGGCAAAACCAGCAGGUAUGCUCAGUAGCUGAGAGAAAACCUGGGAAUGUGUUCAGUCCCCUUUCUGAUCUCCUUCAACUCUCCCACAAGAAAGACCUGGGAUUGUAGGACACAACCCCAACCCAGAAGUGUCUUAACUACUCAUCCUGCUUCUGCUGUAGAAGUUUACAUCUAACUGACCUCAACACCUUAGGUCUUGGGUUCCUCAUCCUAUACAGUCCUAAUUCCAGGAGUAUUUAAAACCUUUGAUCUCCUACAAACACAAUCUCUUUCUUCAAAAAAAAAAAAAAAUACACACACCAAGCAGCCCAUAAAAACAAACAAAAAUGUUAUAGCUGACGUUUUUCUUCUUUGGCAACAGGAGGUGGGAAUCUUGUCAACAAGGUCCUGAAGAACUGACAGAUGGCCACCCAUCAGACUACAGAGGGGUCUUUUUUGCAUCCAGGCUGGAAUUAGCCCAAAGAUACUACUCAGAGUGGACUAUGAACAACAGCACUGCUGCGUGCCAUGAUGAUCACACCCUGGAUAAAUAUUUGUUUCCAUUUGUGUACAGCAUUGUGAUGAUAAUCAGUAUCCCCAUCAACUGCAUAUCCCUCUAUGCAUCUUGCAUUCAGGUGAGGAAAAAGAAUGAGUCAGCAGUCUACAUCUUUAGCCUGUCCCUGGCUGAUCUUUUGUACUCUUUGAUUCUACCUCUGUGGAUUAAUUAUGCCUGGAAUGGAGAUGACUGGAGGCUCUCUGCCACACUUUGUCAGAUUUCUGCCUUCCUUAUGUAUAUGAAUUUCUACACCAGCACCGCGUUCCUUGCUUGCAUCUCUGUUGACAGGUACCUGGCAUUAGUUCACCCCUUGAAGCUCCAGCACCUGCGCACAAGAAGAUUUUCACUGAUUGUCAGCAUAACUGUUUGGCUUCUGGAAAGCAUCUUGAAUUCAGUUAUAUUGGUGCACAAAGAAGUAUUCAAUGAUCCUUGCAAUUUCACUAAUCAUACAUUAUGUUAUGAUAAAUACCCCCUGGAAGGGUGGCAGGCACGGAUAAAUCUAUUUCGGAUAUGCUCAGGGUACUUGGUCCCUUUGAUAAUCAUUUUGUUUUGCUACCAUAAAAUCUACCAAGUAGUGAAGUAUAACCAAGCCACACUAGAUGAAGAAAAGAAAAAAGUGAGAAAACUUAUUCUGAAUAUCACAAUUAGUUUCAUUGUUUGCUUCACUCCUUAUCACAUUAUAUUGCUUAUUCGCAGCGUCAGAGAACCUUUCACCACUGACCCACAUCUUUUGCUGCAGAUGUAUAAGGUUUACAGAAUCACACAGGCUUUAACGAGUUUGAAUUGCAUUGCAGACCCCAUUCUUUACUGCUUUGUGAGUGAGACUGCACAAACAGACAUUCUGAAUGUGCUGAGAUGUUGCUUGUGCCUACGAAAGCGUGAAGAAGACCAAGUGAAAGACCAAGCUCUGUGCAGUUCUGCUACAAAAAGCAGUGCCCUGAUCACCUACAGAACUUCCUGUGAAACAGAGACUGUCAAAAAUGCCUGAGUGGGCACAUUCAAAGCAAAAUUGGAUGACCUAAAGGGAAAAGAAAGUAAAAUUCUUCUCCAGUCUGUACCUAGGAAAUACCCUGAAAGUCAGAGAUGCCAGUCUAAAAAAAAAUCAGUAUCUGGAGCCAAUAAGAAUUCACUGUAGGGUCAAUGAAAUCAAUGGAGUGUGAACACGUAUCUUUAAAUCAGGUAUGCUACAUAAAUUACUGACAACAAACACAUGCACAGUCAAGAAGGAUGACCAUGACAAGACAGAAUUACUGAGGAUUCCCAACACAACUGCCUCCUGCUGUAGCUUGCUAGCUAGCCCACAAGAUGGGCAUAGAUGUGCUUAGCUGGAGGAAGGCUGAAGUCCUUCUUGUCCUGAUUGACAAAGAAGUAGACAGAGGGAGUGUGGUAAAUUUCUCUCUAAGUUCAUAGUGUAAUUUAGGCUGCUAUGAUGGUUCCUGUGUUUCAGUGAAGACUCAAAUUGUUCUUCAGCAUACACCUGAGAUCAGCCACUUCUUAAAAUUGUUUACCUCAUGUGCAGGGGUAUUAACCUGCUCUUAAGCUUUUCAGCUUUUGUUUCCUCUGAAAAAUAUACGUUCUAAUGUAUAAUCAGAUUUUAUGCAGUUUCAUUACAGUAUAAAUAUUGGGUUUCAGACAGCUGAAAAUUCAUUACUUCAAGUGCUUAUAAAGAAGCAGUUCUAGCCACCAGUGUUUUAACUCAUAUGAAACUUUUCCUGAUAUAUGCAGGGAGUAAGAGAAAGGUUGAAAAGUGAGGUUUCACAUCUCCACAAGUAUAAAGGAACAGCCUUUAGACUUGCUUAUUAUGACUGAAAUCUGGAGUGUGGUUACAUUUUCAGGGUCAAUAGAGCAAGGUUUAUAUCCAUUUACUUAACUGCACCUGGAAGCCUCAGCUAGAGGUUCCAGGGCUCCCAGUCUGCCGAUUUUAAAAAAAUUGAACAAGCCAAUCAGAAAAACUGACAAACCAGCAAAGAGCAUGAAUGUACAAACAAACAAUAAGAACAGAAGCAAAAGAACCCACAUUUUGAAAGAGUUGUUUUAGCCCAAAUCAAAAGUUAAUUCAGGGACCUAUUCCUGCACAGGCCCCAGAAACAUCUGCCUGGUUCCCUGGUAGCAGCAGACACUUGAGCCCCUGAAAAGAGUUAAAACACAAUGGAAAGUUUCUCUUUUUUUCACCGCUCAGUACAUUUUUACUUUCGUUCAAUUGCCAGGAAGAAUAUUUGGUAAUGGUGGUUUUUCAGUUUCAAAGGGAAAAAAUUUUCUUUCCAUCAAAAAAAAAAAAAAAUCCUCCUCUAGCAAGUCUGUGUGGUGGAAAGAUUUUGAUCGUCAUUUUUCAGCACAUUUCUAGGUGUGACAUAUAUGGAGGAUGUGCAUACAGUGGUCACAAUCAGUAAGAAAUUUCUUAUGAGAACAUCGUUCUGUGUGUAAAGUAAAAUUUUCUCCAUUACAAAGAGCACUUCCCUAGUUUUUGUGAGUUGCUGUUCAGGUCUAUUUAUACUUUCAAUUAAUUUCACGUUCUGAAAUGGGAACUUGAGAAAGUGUGGAAGCUGAGCUUGUUCAACCUGGAGAAUAGAAGAGAAAAGAAGAUGCUGGGGGACCUAAUGGCAGCCUUGCAAUCCUGCAAAGGGGGUAUUGAGAAAAUGGAGCCAAGCUCUUCACAAGAGCUCAAAUAAGGAGGGGCAAGAAAUCGUGUGCGUAACCUGAAGCAAGAGGGGUCAGAGUGGAUUUAAGGAAGAACUUUUGAACUAUGAAGGCUGAAAAACAGUGGAGCAGGUUGUACCAAGGUGUUCUGUGGGCUCCAUCCUGAGCAGUUUUUAGGACCCAACUGAACAAAGCUUUGAGCAACCUGGUUUGGCCUUGUAGCUGAUCUUCUAUUGAGCAGAAGGUUGAGAAUUCCUGAGGUCUCUUCCAACCACAAUUUUCCUGUGAUUCUAUGAACUGUGUUUGUCACUGUUCUGGCUGUUGCCUUCCUCUUUAGAAAAAUAUGUUCCCUUCUCUUUUUUGUUUCCAUUUGCUGGAUUUUUUUUUUGAUGUGUUUUUUUUUUUCCUGUAGUUUUUUCUUAUGUAUUAUGAAGGAAAAAUUAUGCAAGCAGCAGUGCAAGUUAUUUCACCACAGAUUUGUCCCUGUGCUGACCUAUGCAUUUUGCAACAGAAUGUGAAAUUUCACUGUAGCACUGGAACAAAAGCAGAACCAAACCUCACUGUAACUUCACGGAAAGAAGAACUCAGGGGUUCACUUUUACAUCUUUCACAUGCUGGAAAAUUUGGAAAGUUAAUUCUAUUUGUGCUUUUAAUUUUAAAAAUUUAAGAAUUAAUUUACAGAAUAAAGA